AUGGAUGAAAUGUGCAAAGGAGAGUUGCUGAAAUCCGAUCUCCGCACUCAUCUCAAGGACUUCAGAAUCUACCAAAGCGAGCAGAGCAUCAUUUGGCUCAACGGAUGGGCAUCGAUCCAGGCGGCGAGCGAGUUUGCAGGAUCGAUCGCUCGUGUCGAAGGUGAUGAAGAGAAUAUAUUUCAGGUAGUACGCGACUACGGCAAGCAUGACCGUAAAGACGCACCGCCUGGAGCGGACGAGGCACAGGAAGCAAGUAUCAAAGCAUGA